AUGAUGAAGUCAUUGUUUGCCACCAUCUGGCCCAAGAACAAUCCACGGUUCAAGAUCAGGGUGCUCGUUGCAUUCUCGUUGUUGAUUGCGUCCAAGCUCUUGAAUGUACAAGUGCCAUUUUUUUUCAAGCUGAUUGUGGAUGAAAUGAACGUGGAUUGGACCAGUCAGUUGGGCACCAUUGGAACUGUCAUUGGGUCUUUGAUCUUAGCCUACGGUGGUGCCCGUUUUGGUUCCGUCUUGUUCGGAGAAUUGAGAAACGCUGUCUUCGCUUCUGUGGCUCAGAGUGCUAUCAAAAGAGUGGCCCAGAACACUUUCAAGCACCUUCUCAAUAUGGAUCUUCAUUUCCAUUUGUCGAGACAAACGGGUGGAUUAACCAGGGCAAUUGAUCGUGGUACAAAAGGUAUCAGUUACGUUUUAAGUGCCAUGGUGUUCCAUAUUAUUCCGAUCUCGUUUGAAAUCACAGUGGUGUGUGGGAUCUUGACCUACAACUAUGGCUUGUCGUUUGCUGCCAUGACUUUCUUUACCAUGUUGGCUUAUUCGAUUUUCACCAUCAAGACUACCGCGUGGAGAACGGGCUUCAGAAGACAGGCCAACAAUGCCGAUAACCAAGCUGCAUCUGUGGCAUUGGACUCUUUGAUAAACUACGAAUCCGUUAAGUACUUCAACAACGAAGCUUUUCAAGCUUCCAAAUACGAGAGUGCCCUCACCAACUACCAGAACGCAUCGAUCAAGGUGGCCACUUCUCUCGCUUAUUUAAAUGCUGGUCAAAAUUUAAUUUUCACCAGUGCAUUGACGGCAAUGAUGUACAUGGGAUGUCAAGGAGUGGCUAGCGGAGCCUUGACUGUGGGUGACUUGGUGCUUAUUAACCAGUUGGUUUUCCAGUUGAGUGUCCCCUUGAAUUUUUUGGGGUCUGUGUAUCGUGAAUUGAAACAGUCAUUGUUGGACAUGGAAAACUUAUUCCAAUUGCAAAACUACGAGGUCAAGAUCAAAGAUGCACCUGGUGCCAAGCCGCUUGUGUUGAAGAAUUCGGAAAUUCCCCCAGAGAUAAGGUUCGAGAAUGUUAGUUUUGGCUACCAUCCAGACAGACCUAUCUUACAGAAUGCCAGUUUCACGAUCCCAGCAGGGGAGAAGGUAGCCAUUGUGGGACCCUCGGGGAGCGGGAAAUCCACCAUCUUGAGGUUGGCAUUCAGAUUUUACGAUGUGGAUAAGGGACGCAUCUUGAUUGACGGGCAAGAUAUUAGUAAGGUGACUGUGGAGUCCUUGCGUAAGGCCAUUGGAAUUGUGCCCCAAGAAACGCCCUUGUUCAACGAGUCGAUUCUCGAGAACAUAAGGUAUGGCCGUUUGGACUCCAGUGACGAGGAGAUCAAAGACAUGAUAGAAAAGGUGCAAUUGACCAAGUUGAUCGAGGAUUUACCCGAGGGGGUCAACACUAUGGUGGGAGAGAGAGGAAUGAUGAUUUCGGGAGGAGAGAAGCAGAGGUUGGCUAUUGCCCGGCUUUUGCUUAAACAGGCCCCCAUCACGUUUUUCGACGAGGCUACGUCUGCGUUGGACACCCAUACUGAGCAGUCGCUUUUGCGCACCAUCAGACAGGUGUUCAAGGAGGGAAAGAACACCAACAUCUCAAUUGCGCACCGGUUGCGGACGAUUGCCGAUGCCGACAAGAUCAUUGUGUUGAACAAGGGCCAUGUCCAGGAGGAGGGCAGCCACUACGAAUUACUUUCCCAGGACAACUCGUUGUACUCGCAAUUGUGGGACAUUCAAGAGAACUUGGACAUAGACGAGCAAUUGAAGGAGAACGCCGAGGUGCAGUCUGCCAAGUGA